AUGGCUAUCUCUGAUCUCCUCAAUCGCCGGGUGCGGGCACUACCAGAUGAAGAUGAGGAGGUCUACUCCGACGCAGCAGAGUCUGAAGAGCCCAGCGACGACGGACAGUCCGAUUCCGACGAUGGCAGCCAUGGUUCCCUCCCCGACACCGAUGAAUCCCAGGACGAGCUGCACGACGACCAGCAGUCAGACGAUGACGACGACAACGACAGCAACGACGACGAGGACGAGGGCGACAGCGAAGAUGAUGACAACCCGGACGACGACGUCAAAGCCUCCCUCAGCAACAUUUCCUUCGGCGCUCUCGCCAAAGCGCAGGCAUCGCUAGGCCCCAAGAGCAAGCGCAAGUCCAAAUCUACCGACGAAGAGACCACCGCGUCACCGCUGGACGACAUCCGCGCCCGGAUCCGCGAAGCGCGCGAACAGAAGCGGCAACUGUCGUCGAAGACGGGCGACGAAAAGAAACCCACCCGAUCCUCCAAACACGCCCCCAUGGUGCAGUCGUCCAAGCGCGCUGUCACGCGCAAACGCACCAUCAUCGAACCCCCGGCGGUCCCCAAGGCGCGGGAUCCGCGCUUCGAUCCGACGGUGCUGAGCAACAGCAGCCGGCACAACCCCGACGCGGCAAACAAGGCCUACGCCUUCCUGGACGACUAUCGCAAGUCGGAACUGCAGGAGCUGAAGGAGAAAUACGCCAAGACCAAGAAUGCUGCCGAGAAAGAAGAACUCAAGCGGGCUAUCCGGUCCACGAGUGACCGGUUGCGUGCGAUCGAGAACCAGAAGCGGGAGAGGGAGAUUUUAGCGGAGCAUAAGAAGAAGGAGAAGCAGCUGAUUCGCGAAGGAAAGAAGAGUAAUCCGUACUAUCUGAAGAAGUCGGACCUGAAGAAACAGGUCCUUCUGAAGAAGUAUGAGAACAUGAACUCCAAGGAGCGCAUGAAGGCUCUGGAACGGAGGCGUAAGAAGAUGGCUUCGAAAGAACGGAAGGAGAUGCCUAUGGAACGACGGGGGCUGGAGAAUGAUGCGGCACCAGCGCAUGACGGCCCUGGAAGAAAGCGACGUCGAGUUGCCUGA